AUGAGGCUGCCGUCCAAGCUGAAAAAGCCCAGAUCCGACGCCGCUGUACCAUCGUCAAAAACACCUCGCGGUCGAGGUGGACCCAGAGCGGCGCUCGAGCCCCCCUCGCCGUCUCCCACGCGCGACGGUUCGAGGAAACCCCGAACUCCCGCGUCAUCGCGCGAUGACCCUCCGGGCUCCCGCGCCGGGACCCGCGCCAAGGUCCCGCGCCUCCUCCGCAGGGUCACACGAGGGGCGCUCAAGCCGGUGAAACCACCGGCGCGAUCGACCCGCAACGUCGCGCCGACCUACGUCCCGAAGAAGAGGCGUGAGGAGCUCGCCCCGACACCCCACGCCGACGAGCCACGGAACACCCGAAAGCCUCCGCGUAAAAAUAAACUUCUCGAGAGGACGCCGCGCGGGGCCCUCGCCGCCGCCGCCGCCGCCGCCGCCGCCCAUCGACGGGGACGACCGCGAACGGACCGCGACGCGGUCGUGUCGGACGCGGUGAGGCGCGAGCCGAGGACGCCGCAGGGCCGCGCCGCGCGCCGGGACGCCCUCGAGGACCGACCCCGCACCCUGAUUGGCCGCCGGGUCCGCGUCGAGCUCAACCGCGCCAAACGAACGCUCCAAACCGCGCACCGCGCGCUCGCGAACGUCGUCGGCCGCAGGCUGCUGGUGUUUUGGCCGAGUGAUGCCAAGUUUUACCGCGGGUGCGUCGCGGGGUACGACUCCUCGAACGGUAAACACCACCUGGUGUAUGACGACGGCGACGAGGAACGCGUCAACCUCGCGAAGCAGAGGGUCAUGUGGGAGGGGGGCGCGGACGACGACACGAGAGCCGCGAUGAACGCGCUCGGGGAAAACCGGAGGAGGGAGGGGAAGAAGAAGAGGGACGGGGCCGACGGCGCAGCCGAGGCGGCGGCGGGGAGGGAUACGAAAAGGAAGAGGACAACGAAGAAGGUGCCAAAGAAGAAGGCGGAGCGCGAAGAGGAGGGCGCGCCGAUGAGCGGUGCCGUGGAGGCUGACGGAUGCAAGGAGGGGAUCGACGAGCCGGAGAGGGUGACGAAGGUUGGCCGGGAAGGCGGCGGCGUCGGGACGUUCCGCGCGAGAGAGACUGCAGAAAAGUUGAACGCGCCGGGGAAAAAGUCCAAACCGAAGAAGAGGAUCACCAUGAGGCACGCGGUCGCGCUCGCCCUGCGCCGCGCGGGGGACAAGGGCAUGUCCACCGAGGAGAUUGUCAACCUGGUGAUGCGGGACAGGCGUCUGGUGAUCAAGUCGAAGUCCCCGAGGGGGUCCAUCACCGCGGUGCUGUGGAACAGGUCCAAGUCCAAGGGAUUGUUCGUCAGCGCGGGACCCUCGAGGCACAAACUCGCGCCCGGGAUCCACAUCCCCGACGCGGACUGCGGCGUCGCCGAUGAAGACGCCUACGAUCCGCCCGCCUCACCGCCGGCAGCCGCCGCGAACGAGCCGGCGAAGGACGUAUGCGCGAUGCUGAGCGUCAUCGGGGGAGAGCGCGUGUGCGUCACGCUCGCGUUUAACCAGACUUUCACGCCCGUCCCUCGCGUCGACGAGUCCUCGCGCUGGUGCGGACUCGCGCUCAGUCCGGGCGUGGGGACGUGGUCGAAGCGCGGGCGUCGAAAGCCGAGGAGCCCGUCCGUUCUCUCGGCGGCUCGAGUGAAUCGCCACGUCAGCCGCCUGCGCGGCGUCGUGCACACGAUUUUCAAAGGACCGAAGAAGUACUCGAGGAGGACCGUCGAGAAGAUGCGGGAGGAGUUCAGGGCCCGGGUGGCGCAGCACAUGGCCGGCGCAAUCGCGGACGCCGACGCUGCCCUCGCGCGCGGACGUCGCACCACUCCCGCGUGUCCGUGUCGGGUCUGCGACGACCCCGAUAACCCCGCCAACUCUGUCGCGUUUCGGUGCCAACUCGCCGUCGACGACGAGGACGAUCGGGUCCGUGUCUCGCUCGUUCCCGAGCCACCCGUCUGCCUCCAGAUCCAGGCCACGCUCUCGGCGCUGACUCACACCGUCGGAGCGGCGAUCGCGCUCCAGGGCGCGGCGAGCAUCGGAUUUCGCGUCGGCGUGGCGUGGCCGAUGGACGGGUGCCAUUAUCCCGCCAAGAUCAUCAGGUACGACCCUGAGGAGUUGAAACACAUGGUGGAGUACGACGACGACGGCGUGAGGGAAUACCUGGCGCUGUGGGACGAGGAUAUCGUGCCCUUAGACGGCACCACACGGAGGGGGGUGCUCGGGCUUCACGCGCCGGACCUGUCGUCGUUCACGGUCGAGGACACGCCUCUUCCCAGGGCGCAGUCUGACAUCCGAAGGUACAUAAGCAUGGACCAGAUGGUGACCACCUUUGGAGGGCCGGAGAUGGAUUGGGUGGAGCGAGGGUUCGCUCCCCACCGGAAGGGUCGCGGACGCCCCCCGAAACACGGCCCUCGACCCGAGGUUGCGUACGUGAAGGGGCCAAAGAUGCCGCGGCACAGGCGAUGCGGCAUGUGUCACACCUGCCUCCACCCGACGUUGAAAAAACGGUGCGAGAUGAACAAGGGUCCAAUCAUACCCCGAGGCAAGAACAAGGAAAGGGGGUACAGGUACGUGCAGACCCAGGCGUACACGCCGCUAUCCGUCAAGACCGUUUUUGUCACGGCCAACGCCGGGUAUCAGCCGGACAUGAACUUCGACGAGUUCAUCCAGUGGGGCCUGCCCGCGACGGAUCGUGUUCCGGACCUCACGGAUGGCGUGGCGAACAUGUCGCUCCGUCGCGAGGUACCGAGGGAGAUUUCGGCGGCGGCUCUGACGUUCCCGGCAAACGCGAGCCAUCUCUUUGACGCGCCUCCUCGGAACGUCGAGAUCGAGGACGAUAACCUGCUCGCGGACGAUGUUCCGCUCGCGAGGUUCAUCUCAAACGCUGAGGAAAGGGAUGAUGAGGAAGAUGACGACGAUGAAAAAGACAAAGACGACGACGACAUACCGCUCGCCCGGCUGCUCCCGACUUGUGACAACGAAGAAACCCACGUCUGGGAUAGCAUCGGCAACGCGAUUGACGAAACCUCUGCACCAUACGAAGAGGUCGACGCUCUCAUAACGGCCGGUUGGGGUGAGAACAAGCGCCCUCGCCUCGCGAGGACACGCGGCGAUAGGGGCCGUAAGAGGGUGUACGCGCUCGCCGCUCUCAACUGGAACACCCGGAUGGUUCGAGCGUUAAACCCAAACAUCCCGCGCGAGCCAGAGGUUGAUACCGAGUUUUUACCGGAGAUUCCGUACUACGGUUCCGUUCCGUUUUGGCGCGUGCCGCGGUGGGCGCACCCCCUAUGGCCCCUCGGCGGCAUCGGCAUAAACUACGGCGUCGUUAACAGGAGGCCCAUGCGGGAGGCGCGCAAACUCCCGAGGGUGUGGCGCGGCAAAGACCUCGACAUGAUCGUGUUCGGGCGCGAUGAGCGGCUGGAGUGGGCGCGGAAGACGGGUAUGUUCCUGGCGCGCGCGAGGACCGCGCUGGGGGACAGACGGUUGAAGAUGGACGCGUGGGGCGGAAGCGUGCUGGACAGCGUGUUCGGCGCCUUGCUCACUCAAAACGUGUCCGACGUUUUGUCCUCGUCGGCUAUCAUGAAUCUUGCGGCGAAGUUUCCAGGGCCCGGGACCUACCUCGGGAGACACAAGGCUCGAGAGCGGAGCCCGCCGCCGGGUAACGUCGAAACCGACGGGCCAAACGCCGAUCCCUUCGAUUCGCCUCCGAGAUCAUCCGCGGGGCCGCAGCCGACCGAGGAGCCGGUGACCGAGGAGCCGGUGACCGAGGAGCCGGUGACCGAGGAGCCGGUGACCGAGGAGCCGGUGACCGAGGAGCCGGUGACCGAAGAGCCGGUGACCGAGGAGCCGGUGACCGAGGAGCUCGUCACCGCCGCCACCGGCGCGGCGGCGUUCAUGGACGAGCGGGUUUCGCGUCCCGCCUUUGAAACAUCUCAGCCGCCCGAAGCGGAACCUGCCGAGCCGAGAGCGGAGAAGACUCUGGCGCCCGUCGCGAUCCCCGCGCCGCCCGACGCCGGACCAUCCCCGGAGCCGACGCCGCCGACGCCGCCGACGCCGCCGGUCGCCGAGAAAAAGUCGAAAGCGCAGAGGAUUCGCGAGGAACGCGCGGCGCUCGCGGCGCAGGCGCUCGAGGCUCAGGACCCGUGCCCGCGCUCCGAGAACACCUACGACAUGAUCGACUGGAGAGCGGUGAUGAACGCGCCGCUUGGGGACGUGGUGGAAUGCAUCCGGUGCCGCGGCAUGCACUUCAUGCAGGCGCGACGGAUCCAGCGCAUACUCCGACGCAUCCACGACGAGCGCAAAGGGGAGCUCUCGCUGGAGUUUCUGCGGAAUUGCACCGUGGAGAUUGCCCGGGGUUACCUCCUGAGUCUUGAGGGGUUCGGGGUCAAGACCGUGUCGUGCAUCACGCUCCUCUCCUUAUUCCGCGCGGACUUCCCCGUGGACGUAAACGUGGGCAGAAUCAUGGCGAGGCUCGGGUGGGUGCCCCUGGAGACCGAACAGGCGCUCGAGGAGCUGGCCGAGUACGCGCCCGAGCCCGCCGUGUACACGUUCCUGAGGGAGAGAUUGAACAGCUUCGGGUUACAGACGCUGUUCGAGCUCCACUACCACAUGAUCACGCUCGGUAAGGUGUUCUGCGAGAAACGGACGCCAAACUGCAGGGCAUGCCCGUUGCGAGACAUGUGCGAGUACGCGAGCUCGGGGGGAAAGCACCAGACGGAUCCGAAGAAGGCGCGACAGGACACGAUUGGCACCGCGGCGGCGACGGCGGCGGCGGCAGCCGCCGCAGCCGCCGGAACCGCCUCCCCUCCUCUCUCGCCGGUGACGCCCGCGCCGGCGAACCCGGCGCCUCCCCCGCCGCCGUCGCACCUCGACGUCACGAACGAGAUCCUCGAGGCCGGCGAUGAACCGAAAGCGUCCGCCCCGGAGACCCUCGACGAGACUCUCGACGCGAUCAUGCGGGUCGGCGGGUCGUGGGAGAAGGGCGGCAAGCCCCCGUCCGGCGCGGCGGCGGUGCUCCGCCUGGACCCCGGCGCGGACUUUCUCACCGCAAAGGCCGCGCACCAGAGGCUGUCCAGGGUGGUUCACCCGGAUAAAUGCGCGGAUCCGAGGGCUGAUCGAGCGUUCGCGCUCAUCACCGCGGCUCGCAACGCGAUGGACCCACACUUUCACAAACCGUUUGACAAUCCCGACUCGGUGGUGAAAGACGGCGCGUAUAACGUCACGGUGGACAACGAGAUCAUCGUCGAGGAGACGCCGUGCGGGGUUCACGACAUCGAGGACGAUCCCACCUCGGACGCGUGCAUGGCGGCGACCCUAUCCGCGGAGACCGCAGGGUUCGCCGCGCACGCCGCCACCGUCGCGGCGUCAAUCGCCGCUUCUCCGCUUCAGCUCGCGAUUCGACCGCCGCCGCCGAACAUGUCCCGCAUUCGUCACGAGCUGAAGGCCUGGUCGCUCACCUCGGACCUGGUACCGGCGUCCCUGCUGGAACGCGCGCCGGAGCUGGACGUGGGGUACUACCUGGCGGUGCGGUGCGGCCUGCCGUCCGCGACGGCAGCGGCGAGGAUCGCGUCCGAGUCGGCAGGCCGAAAGAUGGUCCCGCUGACGGUGAUGGUCCCGUGUCGCGCGGCGAUGAACGGCAAGUUUCCGCUGCACGGCACGUACUUCCAGACGAAUGAGGUAUUCCUCGACGCGGAAACCGCGGUGAGGCCCAAGCUCGUCGCCGCCUCGGAGCUCGAGACGCUUCCCACCGUGUCCGUCUAUCUCGGGUCGUCGGUUGCGAGCAUAUGCCGGGGUAUGUCCCGCGCAGAGGUCGCCUCCAGCUUUGCCAACCGCGCGGUGUGCGUCAGAUCGUGGGAGCCGCACACAGGGCACCCGAGACCCCUACCCAGGUGGGCGUGUCCUUUCAUCCCCCUCGGCGCGUCCUUGGGGCCCGCCCCGGGUGACGACGAGACGAUCACGGCGCUUCGACCCCCGCCGCCGACCCCGCCGGCAAACGUCGAGGACGACGACAAGGAACGGGAAGAGCGGGCGGAGCUCGACGCGAUCGCCGGCAUGGACGAGGCGUGGGACGUGGUAGAAGACGGUCCAGAGCUGGCGGCCGCGGCGGCCGCGGCCCUGCGCGCGGCGGACGCGAUCGACGGAGUCGCGGCGAACGCGGCGGCGGAGGAGGACGACGACGACGCUUUCGAACGAGGCGGCGGCGAUGACACAGCUGGCGACGAACUCGGGGUGGAGGAUGGGGCACCGCGCGCGACGAAGGUUCGACGCGUGGCGUCCACGACGGAGUGGAGUUCGCGCGUGCUCCUCGAGUACGCCGCGCGGCGCAGGUACGCGGCGGAGACCGCGCGGGAGGCUGCCAAAGCCGAGCGGCGGCGUCGGCGGAAGGAGGAGAGGGAGGCGGCGAGGCGGCGGGGGGGAAGCGCCGGCCGGGAGGCCUCGGCGUCGUCCGCGGGCGCCGCGUCGACGGCGAGCGACGGGAGCGGGAGCGUCGCGAAGCGCAAGGCUUCGGAGGAGGCGGGGGUUCCGAUAUAUCGUUUCUUCGCGCCGCGCGGGUCAUCGCCGCCGGCGUGA